CAUGUAUGCCACUCGAGCCAAUGGAUUCAGUCCCAUGGAUUUGGGAAAACCACCAUCUACAGCUGACAUCUCGCAGGAACUCUCUAGUAAUCCCAUGGACCACAAUCUAAAAGGAUCACAUCCCACCAUCAGAGCCUGCAACCAAUCAGAAAUACUGGUGGGUGUGCAGGCUACCUGUUCUCUAUGGUCCUUUGCGCACCUGAUUUUCAAUUCUGCAUCUAUAUAAUUUCUGCUCCUCUCUCAUUUCUCCUCCCCCUGGCAGUCCUUUCAAUCUGCAUAUAGCCUCCUGCGCAUCUCAACAGCCAUCAGCUUCUCCAUCUUCAUUCACUAUGGCAGCUUCUUCUUCUUCUUCUCCCAGAUCAGGCUUGCUUUAUUACGCCGGGUGUGAGGAGUACCCCCACCAGCCCCAUUUCUUAGAAGCUUGUUUUCUAUGCCAGAAACCACUUGGAAACAACGCAGACAUCUUCAUGUACAGAGGGAACACUCCAUUUUGUAGCAAAGAGUGCAGACAAGAGCAGAUGGAGUUUGAUGAAGCCAAAGAGAAGAGCUGGAAUAUGAGGUCUCUUAGAAAAUCAGACUCCAACAAGUCUUCCAGCAACAAAGCUGUACGGUCAGGCACAGUUGCAGUGGCUUAAUCACGUACAUAUUCUCAGAACCAUACUUCAAUUUUCAUGUAGAGAGAUGUUAAUGGUGAAGAGAGAGAUGAAUUUGAAUGAGGGGUGUAGUCUGAGUGUCUCAUCUGUAACGCAAGCGAGCGAGCUAUGGUGGGCAUCAGAUGAGAGAGGAGAUAAGAGAGAAGAGAGAA